AUGCGCGGUCCGAUUUCUCUUCUCCUCUUAGUUUGCACCUACUUCAUGGUAGCUGACGCUGAUGAUCAAUUUUUUUUCAACGUCAAGUUGACGUGUGAUGCUCGACCGAAAUUCAGCUACAAUUUGCGAUUUUUCGAACAAGAUUACUGGUGGGGAAACGGUGAUGAUCCUAUCACCGCGCAACGCAUCGGCGAUGGACGUGGUACCGCUGAAUUCGUCCAAAAUGGAUGGCAAAAUGGGGAUGAAGCCUGGUCUACGGGAUAUGAUGUGAUUAUGGUGCUUUAUCAUGACUGUCAUGAGAGUGGAAAAGAAAAGAAAUUGACACUUCACAUAAAACCCCAAUGCGAAUUUGGAAAAGGCGCCUGUAGAUACACUAUCAUAAAGGACAUAAAGGAAGCUGAAGGAGAAGAGGAUUAUCAUGCAAAACUGAGUUAUGAGUGA